AUGAAACACCGCCACGCAUCUUCCAGUAAAAUGGGGGACACCACUGGUGGGAAAUCAUCAAAAAGAAAAUUAAAAUUGCAAGAUCAACAAGUGCCUUCUAGCAAAAAAAAAAGAACAGAUGGAGAGGGAAGAAUACAAAGUCAAAAAAGAAAGCAGGUCACUCAAGCAGUCAAAAGGAAAGCUAAGGAAUAUGAGGACUGUUCCCCUGCAGGAGAAAAAGAUUCUUCAAAAAAGGUGAAACUAACGAGUGCUAAAAUAGGAUCUUGGCAGACCCUCUCAGAGAGCAGCAGGCAGCUUCUGAAAACUGUAAUGGAUUCAGCAAUACUAUCUGUUUUAUGCCAGCAAAGUGAGAGAGAAGAUGAUGUCCAGAAACACCUAAAUUUACUGAAAGAAAGGGUGCUGAGAUCUUUCAAGACUUUAAAGGUGCCUGCGGGGAAUCUGGGCAACCUGAAGAAUGUCGCAAACCUUCUGAUGGCAGAGAAACAAAUGCUUGAGACAAAUGAAGAGUCUUUGACACAAUUGCAGGAAGAAAUAAUAGAAACUGAGCGAUCAGCAGAACACAUUGAAGAAAGUAUACAGCAACUGCAGUACAAAAUCCAGGUGCUCAAGAACCAGUUAGAGGAAGAUGAAAAAAAGGCCAGGAAGGUAUUCCAGGAAAAUAGCAGUGGAGCACUCCAUCUUCCAGAACUCCCCAAGCACAGUUUACAGGCACCCACUUUGCAGGAAGAAAUUAUGAAGAUAAAAAAUCAGAAAGGUCUUUUAAAGGAUAUGAAUACUAUUCAGCAGUCAGCUGACUUGAAGAACUUGUUAACCCUCAUUGAAAAGACCUAUGAGAAGGUGGACUUUCUUUGA